CAGCGCGUGCACAGAGUCGUGUACGGAUCAGCGACUUACACACUCUCUCUCUCUGAAACACACACACACUCCGAGAGCACUGACAGCAUGUACUCCAGCAGAUCCACCAUGAGCUUCACCUUCCCGCCUUCCGGCGCCUACAGAGUCCUGCCGCGGAACACCGAGCCCGAGGUCUUCACCUUCGACCGGCUCCCGGACCCGCAGCUCAGCGCACCGAGGCAGCACCAGCAGCAGCAGCAGCGGCGCCGGGUGGCGCGGGUCCUCUACCCCGCCAAGGUGCGCAAGUACCUGCCGCCGGCCGAGAAGAGUCCCGCCAAGCGCUGGCUGCUGGCGCUCUGCCUGGUGCUGCUGGCGCAGAUUUACACCGAGUGCGACGACGAGCUCGCGGACAUCACGGAGGCGGCCUCGCGCUCAGACGCGCUCUCCGCCGAGCUGCAGGGCGACGCCGUGUCUGCGUCCUCCCCGCUCUUCCUGCACUUCCGCUCGGCCGAGGAGACCGCCAGGCGCCUGACCAGCUGCUCCAAAGCACAGGGGCUGUGGAUGAACAUGAGCUGCAGCAUGGAGGAUCAGGAGGUGCAGGAGGUGCAGGAGCAGCACCAUCACAUCAGGAAGCAGAUGAACAACCCGUACGUGGUGGCGCUCCUGUACCCCGCCGUCAUCCACACGCUGGGCUCCGAGCAGUGAGCAUCCCUCCCUCCCUCCCUCCAUCCAUCCGUCAGACACUGUGGAGGCUCUCACUGCACACAGAGACAGAGAGACACCGACCCCCGGGAGGAGGUGUUCACCUCAGCUGCACAUCUGCAUCAACAGCUGCAUUGUUCAUGAAGUCAUUCUUCACUACAGAACUGAGUUCUUGAACAGAAGAUGUUCACCAGCACUUUUAAACAUGCACAAAUGCAGACUCUCUCAACACUUUUGAUGGACUAAACUUGAAGUUUACUUGAAGUGUUUGUUUAGAUUUUUUUCUUUUGUUAAGGAAUCAGGAUACUGUUCCUAGAAUGGCACUACAAACCUGUGUGAUGGCGAUGAUGAGAUCAUGAUCACUGUCACUCGGGGCAACACUUGAACUUUGAGAUUGAGCUGAUUGAUGAAGACAUGCUGUUAUACGUGGUCAUGAAGUUAUUUAUUUUGUGUUAUUUAUUGAAUGAAUAUUUAAUGUCCUAUUUAUUGUUUCUGUGUGAAAUAAACACCUGAAAUGUG